CAACCGGGGAGCAGAAUGUCAAGGCAGCAGCAGCAGCAGCAGCAGCACCGGACACCGUUAAAACUCACCGACAACGUGGUGGAGGUCAAGAGCAAAUUCGAGGCGGAGUACCGCCGCUUCGGCCUGAAGAGGAACGGCCCCGGCGGCUUCCAUGAUUUCUACCGCCUCCUCCAGACCAUCCACCGCAUCCCCGGCGCAGACGUGCUGCUGGGAUAUGCCGACGUCCACGGGGACCUCCUCCCCAUCAACAACGACGACAACUUCCACAAGGCCGUGUCGGCGGCCAACCCGCUGCUCCGCGUCAUCAUAACCAAGAAAGAGGGCGAACCUAUAGUCUUUGCCACCAACUCCCUCCAGAGGCGUAAAAAGGGGCUGGGCUUAACCGGACUGCGCACCACCGGCUCAGGCUCCACCCACUCAAAGAGCAGACCGGGACUCAUGAUUGGCAUGCCGCAGAACUUCCGGCAGAUCUCAUCCAUCAUUGACGUGGACAUCUUACCAGAGACACACCGACGCGUGCGACUCCACAAGCACGGCACCCACAAGCCACUGGGCUUCUACAUCCGCGACGGCGUGAGCGUGCGCGUGACACCACAGGGCGUAGAGAAGGUCCCAGGGGUGUUCAUAUCUCGUCUGGUACGUGGUGGGCUAGCAGAAAGCACAGGGCUGCUGGGAGUUAAUGACGAAAUCCUCGAGGUCAACGGCAUCGAUGUAGCAGGAAAAUCUUUGGAUCAGGUUACAGACAUGAUGGUGGCAAACAGUCACAACCUCAUUGUGACCGUCAAGCCGGCCAACCAGAGGAACAACGUGGUGCAUCGUGGGAGCAAAACCUCGAUGGGCAAUUUUGGUUCCGUUGGCUCAACCGGAUCCAAUAACUCCGCCCUGUCACACGACUCACCAAGCCCCGCCUCUCAGAGCAACCCCAUCACUGCGAGCAACAGCAUUGCUGAGGGCGACAGCGAUGACGAGGACGACGACGGCGACCUCAUCCUGGAGAACGACUGCCUGACUCCCUACGACUCCGACCGGGUAACCAACAGCAACAACACUAACCUCAACAGAGACUCGCCCGGCAGCAGGUCGCACAACCCCGCCACGGGCCGGCCCCUCCCACAGAGCGUCUCGUUGCCAAACAGCGUCGGAGCGUCCCUGAGCGACAGCUCAACGGCCCUGUCCAAUCACAACGGAAACCCCGCCCAUGCGUCUAGUAGCAGUCAAGAGAGCAUGAGAGAGGACGGCAACAUAAUCACGCUGUAACCACGGCGACACACUGUGACAGUCUGGACUAUGGGAUGUUACGUCCGCACAGUGCAGUUACCAGGACAACGACAGAUGGCUGUGCUCCAGCACCGCAGCGAUACGGGACAGAAGGUUCUGCUAGCUUCUUAGCGUUAGCUGGUCUUGGCGGAUCAUGGGGUUUCACAUUCUACCGGCAUUAACAACACUGACUGUCUGCCACAUGAGGCUGAGCUGAUGUAUAUAGCUGAUUUAUCAGCUUCAAAACAAUAAUUUAUAGUCAAUUGAAGGAAAUUAUUUAAAUGCCAUAAUGUAUUAGCAGAUCCGUGUGGACUAGGGAGCAGAGAGAUAUUUGUUAAUGCUCCUCUCAAAGCCAUAAGUCAGUUUGAUGUCAACACGCUCAAGAAAAAGCAUCUCUUCAACAGCGGCGCCAAUCAGACACAUUACUAUUAACUGGAGAAAAGCCGACUUGUUCACCACAACAAGACAUUUAAAGAACGGUACACAGUAGAACGUUUAGGGAUCUAUUGUCUUGGCAGCACAACGACCAGUGCAAGCAGCACU